AUGGACCAAAAAUACGACUAUGAGACAAUCACGCACAAGACAUUCUCAGAGCUACUUGACUCAUACAAGGAACUUGUUCCGAGCAAGCUGGACGAACUGGAAGAGCAGCGACUCGUAAUCAUUCCGAAAUCACUAUCGGAAAGGACGGAGGACGCACACUUGAAGAAGCCCGAGGUGCAAAAACUGGUAGAUUGGAAGCUCGGACACGGCACUUUCAGGCCUUCAUUGCGCAAGCUCGUCGAAUCGAACUCAGACGAGGCGGUGGAGCAAUGCACGCGAGAAGCGUUCGAGACUUAUGAAAAGGACAACGAGCAAUGGGACAAGGCGGUGGGGAUGAUGGCCAAGGGGCUUCGUGGCGUAGGGCCUGCCACAGCCUCGCUCCUGCUCAACACUUACGACGGCGAGAAAGUGCCAUUCUUCUCGGAUGAACUGUACCGUUGGGUCGCGUUCUCCGAGGGCAGGGGCAACGGAUGGGACCGUAAGAUCAAGUAUUCAGCGAAGGAAUAUCAAGAGUUGUACAGGCGAGUGGAGAUGUUACGAGAAAGAUUAGGCAAAGAGAGCGACGAGACGAUCACGUCAGUUCGGGUCGAAAUGGUAGCGUACGUACUAGGACGAAGACAGAUCGGGGGAGCGAAGAGAAAGGAGAUUGAUGCGGAAGACAAAGAGGGAGCUGAGCAAGAAGCAGAAGAAACUGCGACUAAAAGGAAAAGAAGAAGGACAUAG